ACAACCACUCUACAUCAUGUUAUUGUAGUGCUUGUAUGGCACAAUAGAUUUCACAUGAUUUGAACAACAAAUUGAUAAUGAAAUUUAAUUGUUCAUUCACAGGUUUAUCAGUAUUAAAAUGUGUCAUCCUCUAUGUCUUAUACUGUUUCUUUAUUAUUUCAGAUUUCCAGGUGACAUUGGCAUAAAAGAACCAUUUACAUCAGAUCCAUUGUCAAUAUUUGUCAUGUCUUAAAGACCAAAGGAAAAUGUCCUGUGAAAUGUGGAAGAUAAAUAUAAUCCUGUUCAUAUAAAUGGGAAAAUUAAUGUGAAACAUUUCCUCUAAACUAAGAUAAAUAUUAAUGCUUCUUGAUUUCAAUACCUGGGAUGUGUUCAAAAAGGAUUUUGUAUAUUAAUUAUGUUCAGAAAUUUUACAAAGGUAUUUGCAUCGUCUUCAAAUAUUGACACCAAUCACAGUUGCUGGGAAUGUAGAAAUAAUGACCAAGACAUUUGGCUAUUUGCUGUGUCUGAGAAGAUAUGUCAAGCCAAGUGAAAUCAUAAUCAUGGUCAGUGUUGGUGACCUGUAAAAGGUACCCAGUACACUGUGGGAAGGUUAGCAUUAAGGACAUCCAGCCAUAGAGACCAAGCAAAAACAGACUUCAGUCCAGGGCAGCUCUCCAGCAUAUCAACUCCUAGUGAAACUGUCUGACCCCUGCCACCAUGGGAAAUGGAUGCUAAAUGAUGAUGGUAACUAUUUCUAUGAAAUAGAUUAUUCAAAAGAAGGCAAGAAAAAAGAAUAUUUUAGUGAAAAAUGAAAAAUAAUGGAAAAGGGAGUGGUUUUAACUGGUGAGAUGUUAAAAGAGAUUGGAAAAUCAUCUUACCCAUGCGAUAUUUGUGAAAAGUCAGUCUCUCGAAAAAGUGACCUUGUGAAACACAGACGUAUUCAUACAGGAGAGAAGCCUUAUCACUGUGAGAUUUGUGGCAAAUCAUUCUCUGGAAGUAGUGGCUUGACUAUACACAAACGUAUUCAUACAGGGGAGAAACCAUAUCAGUGUGAUAUCUGCGGUAAAUCUUUCUCUAGAAGUAGUCACAUAACAAAACACAAACGUAUUCAUACAGGAGAGAAACCAUAUCAUUGUGAUAUCUGUGGUAAAUCAUUCUCUGGAAAUAGUGACUUAACUACACACAAACGUAUUCAUACAGGUGAGAAAGCAUAUCAAUGUGAUGUUUGUGGUAAAUCCUUCUCGGGAACUAGUAAUCUAAGUAAACAUAUACGUGUUCAUACAGGGGAGAGGCCAUAUCCUUGUGAUAUCUGUGGUAAAUCAUUCUCUGCAAAUAGUGACUUAAGUACACACAAACGUAUCCAUUCAGGUGAGAAGCCAUAUCAAUGCGACAUCUGUACUAAACCAUUCUCUAGACAUAGUCAUUUGACUAAACACAAACGUAUUCACACAGGAGAGAAGCCAUAUCAUUGUGAUAUCUGUGGUAAAUCAUUCUCUGGAAGUAGUGACUUAACUACACAUAAACGUAUUCAUACAGGUGAGAAACCAUAUCAGUGUAGCGUUUGUGGUAAAUCCUUCUCAGGAAGCAGUAAUCUAAGUAAGCAUAUACGUGUUCAUACAGGGGAGAGGCCAUAUCCCUGUGAUACCUGUGGUAAAUCAUUCUCUAGAUAUAGUAACUUAAUUAACCACAGACGUAUUCAUACAGGUGAGAAACCGUACCGCUGCGAUAUCUGUAGUAAAUCUUUUACCUUGAAACGUAACUUAGUUACACAUGCACUUAUUCAUACAGAAAAAUAACUGUGUAAAUAUCUAAAUUCAUUUCAACACAUGAUAACAACAAAUCUUUGAAAACCAUUUUCUCUGCUAAAAUGGCAUUAAGCAUUUUGGAUUUAGUCUUUGUCAGUAACCAUACUCUUCAUGGUUCCCUUUUUGAGACCAAGUUUUCAGUCAUUUCCUUUUAAAACAUUCAGGGAUACACACAGUUUAACAUUGUUCUUCCUACUAUAAGAAAAAUAUAUAAAUGUAAGUAUAUCCACAUUCAAAAGAAUAUGUAACAGUAUAUGAUAAUUCUCUCCUAAUGCUAUUUUCUGUUAUAUAACCCUUUCAGGGAAAUGAUUUUUAACAUUAGCUUAGAUUUAUGUACAGUUUUAUUAUUUAUACUGGUUCCAAAUUUUGGUACAAGGCCAGCAAUUUCAGGAGAGGGGUAAGUUGAUUACAUCAACCCCAGUUUUCAACUCAUACUUAUUUUAUUGGAAGGUAGAGUUGGAACUCAGAACAUAGCAAUGGAUGAAAUGCUGCUAAGCAUUUUGCCCGGUGUGCUAACGAAUCUGCCAGCGCACAUCCUUCUUUUUUUUUGUUAUUUCUAUUAUGAUUUAACAGUAAAUAGUAAUUUACAUAUGUAAAUGUAACAUUAAACUUAAUAUGAAUACAAAAUGGUUGAUGUAAUUUGUGGAACAUUCCUCAUCCAUAUUUUAAUGUCCAUUUAUGGGCAUAUUUUGUUAUAAAAGAAGCCAAAUUUUCUCAUCAUCUGACAUCUCAGCUGCAAUGCCCAGAAUCUUUAAUUUUUACAUCAUUUCUCUCUCAAGACAAUAUGAAAUUGAAAUAAAACUGGUUUAUUCUUAAA